GGCAGUGACACCAGCUUUCACUGAAGCCUUAUUACUCUUAAAAGAGCAAUUUGGUUGGUUGCACGGCUAUUAGGAUCAGACAGUCAGGCUUAAAGCUGUCAGUACAACUGCUUCUCAUCUUUUUUCACAAUCCUGACAUCUUUUCUCUUUUCUGCUGGACACGAGCAUUACUGUUUUUAUCAUUUUCAAUCAAGCUCAUGCUGCAAGCUGAGGAAUAUAUUCCCACAGAAGCCAAAGUGAGAGCAGAAAUUAUUUUAUAGCUGCUGUAGUAGCAGCGGUGCUGGCUGCAUGUUGUGUGGGAGAAAUCGGAUCAGUGAGAAAUGUGGCUUUCCUCAGGGCUACAUCAGUGAGAUAUUACUUCAACAUCUAAGGAUAGCAAUGCUGCUCCUUGCUCUGAUUUUUCUAUGAUUAAUCACUCCUCUUUACGCCAGCAGAGUAUGCAGAAAGUGGGGGAGAAGAUGUAAGAUAAUUUUUUUUGAAAAGAACUUGUGGAAAUGUUAUCAUCAGUGAGACGUGGGAAAAUCACUAUGCUUGAACUUCUUUUCAUUUUGAUGUUGCUCUUCUCUGGACCAACCCUGAGCAAGCUUAGCAGGACCAAAGGCAAACACUGGAAGGGGGGAUCCCGUCUCCGCCAAGAGGACUUUCCACCACGGAUUGUUGAGCAUCCUUCAGAUGUGAUAGUCUCUAAAGGAGAACCAACAACCCUGAACUGUAAAGCUGAAGGACGGCCAACUCCUACUAUUGAAUGGUACAAAGAUGGAGAGCGAGUGGAAACUGACAAAGAUGAUCCUCGCUCCCACCGUAUGCUGCUGCCUAGCGGAUCUUUAUUUUUCUUACGUAUUGUGCAUGGACGCAGGAGUAAACCUGAUGAAGGAAGUUAUGUUUGUGUAGCAAGGAACUAUCUUGGAGAAGCUGUGAGUCGCAAUGCAUCUCUGGAAGUGGCAUUGCUACGAGAUGACUUCCGCCAAAACCCUACGGAUGUUGUGGUGGCAGCUGGAGAACCUGCAAUACUGGAGUGUCAGCCACCUCGUGGGCACCCUGAGCCUACCAUCUACUGGAAAAAAGAUAAAGUCCGUAUUGAUGACAGGGAAGAGCGGAUCAGUAUACGUGGUGGGAAGCUAAUGAUCUCCAAUACACGGAAAAGUGAUGCUGGCAUGUACACUUGCGUUGGAACCAACAUGGUGGGGGAACGAGACAGUGAUCCAGCAGAGCUGACUGUCUUUGAGCGGCCCACGUUUCUCAGGCGACCAAUCAACCAGGUGGUGCUGGAGGAGGAGGCCGUGGAUUUCCGGUGCCAGGUGCAGGGGGACCCGCAGCCCACCGUCCGCUGGAAGAAGGACGAUGCAGACCUGCCAAGAGGAAGGUAUGACAUUAAAGAUGACUACACUUUGCGCAUCAAGAAGGCUAUGAGCACAGAUGAAGGCACCUACACAUGCAUUGCUGAGAAUCGAGUUGGAAAAGUGGAAGCAUCUGCUACCCUUACUGUGCGAGCUCGCCCCGUUGCUCCCCCACAGUUUGUGGUGAGACCACGAGAUCAGAUUGUAGCCCAGGGUCGAACGGUGACUUUUCCUUGUGAAACUAAAGGAAAUCCCCAGCCAGCUGUUUUUUGGCAAAAAGAAGGAAGCCAGAAUCUGCUCUUCCCAAACCAGCCUCUCCAACCCAACAGUAGAUACUCAGUAUCACCAACUGGAGACCUCACUAUUACCAACAUUCAACGGUCUGAUGCAGGCUACUACAUUUGUCAAGCACUGACAGUUGCUGGAAGCAUUUUAGCAAAGGCUCAGCUGGAGGUUACUGAUGUCUUGACAGAUAGACCUCCACCCAUCAUCCUCCAGGGGCCUGUCAAUCAGACACUGGCAGUGGAUGGGACAGCUCUGCUGAAGUGCAAGGCUACUGGUGACCCGCUUCCUGUUAUCAGCUGGUUAAAAGAAGGCUUCACUUUUCUGGGCAGAGACCCUCGUACUUCCAUACAGGAUCAGGGAACCCUUCAGAUUAAAACUCUGCGGCUGUCUGAUACUGGAACUUAUACUUGUGUUGCAACAAGUUCAAGUGGGGAAACAUCGUGGAGUGCUGUUCUGGAUGUGACAGAGUUGGGUGGAGCAACAGUCAGUAAAAGUUAUGACAUAAAUGACCUUCCUGGGCCACCAUCCAAACCUCAGGUCACUGAUGUAACUAAGAACAGUGUCACCCUGUCCUGGCAACCAGGGACCCCUGGAAGCCUACCAGCUAGUGCAUAUAUCAUUGAAGCUUUUAGUCAAUCUGUGAGCAAUAGUUGGCAAACAGUGGCUAACCACGUGAAGACCACUCUCUACACUGUGAGAGGACUGCGUCCCAAUACAAUCUACCUGUUUAUGGUGAGAGCUAUCAAUUCACAAGGUCUGAGUGAUCCCAGCCCUAUGUCAGAUCCUGUCCGAACACAAGAUAUCAGUCCACCAGCACAAGGUGUGGAUCACAGGCAAGUCCAGAAGGAACUGGGAGAUGUCAUUGUACGGCUGCAUAACCCCGUUGUGCUGACACCCACAACAGUUCAAGUUACCUGGACAGUUGACCGCCAAUCGCAGUUUAUUCAGGGCUACCGAGUAAUGUACCGCCAAACAUCUGGCCUACUGUCUCCAGCUGUAUGGCAGAAUUUGGAGGUCAAAGUCCCAACAGAGCGCAGUGCUGUUCUAGUCAAUUUGAAAAAAGGAGUCACUUACGAAAUUAAAGUUCGCCCGUACUUCAAUGAGUUUCAAGGAAUGGACAGUGAAUCAAAGUCUGCUCGUACCACAGAGGAAGCUCCAAGUGCCCCUCCUCAGUCUGUUACUGUCCUGACAGUUGGAAACCACAACAGCACAAGCAUCAGCAUCUCCUGGGAUCCUCCCCCUCCAGAUCACCAAAAUGGAAUCAUCCAGGAAUACAAGAUCUGGUGUCUAGGUAAUGAGACUCGAUUUCAUAUCAACAAAACAGUAGAUGCAGCCAUUCGAUCUGUAGUAAUAGGUGGCCUGUAUCCAGGUAUUCAGUACCGUGUAGAAGUUGCUGCAAGCACCAGUGCAGGUGUGGGAGUGAAAAGUGAGCCACAACCGAUAAUAAUUGGAAGCCGUAACGAAGUUGUCAUCACUGAAAAUAACAACAGCAUAACUGAGCAAAUCACUGAUGUUGUCAAACAGCCUGCCUUUAUAGCUGGCAUCGGUGGUGCAUGUUGGGUAAUUCUGAUGGGUUUCAGCAUCUGGCUGUAUUGGCGCAGAAAGAAGAGGAAGGGGCUCAGUAAUUAUGCUGUGACGUUCCAAAGAGGAGAUGGAGGACUAAUGAGCAAUGGAAGUCGACCAGGUUUGUUGAAUGCAAGUGACCCCAGUUAUCCUUGGCUUGCAGACUCUUGGCCUGCCACAAGUCUGCCAGUUAACAACAGCUCUAGUGGACCCAAUGAUCUUGCCAAUUUCAGUCGUGGAGAUGUGUUGCCACCAGUGCCAGGACAAGGAGAUAAAACUGCUACUAUGCUUUCUGAUGGAGCCAUUUACAGCAGCAUUGACUUCACGACAAAAACUAGUUACAACAGUUCCAGCCAAAUAACGCAAGCUACGCCAUAUGCCACCACCCAGAUACUGCAUUCCAACAGCAUCCAUGAGUUGGCAGUCGACUUACCUGAUCCUCAGUGGAAAAGCUCAAUUCAGCAAAAAAAUGACCUGAUGGGAUUUGGCUACUCUCUACCAGAACAAGGCAAAGGCAACAAUGGUGGCAAAGGAGGGAAAAAGAAGAAAAGCAAAAAUACUGCCAAGCCUCAGAAAAAUAAUGGUUCAAACUGGGCCAGUGUUCCCCUCCCACCCCCUCCUGUGCAACCGCUCCCAGGCACAGAGCUGGAACACUACGGGGUAGAUCAACAAGAAGCAGGAUAUGACAGUGAUGGUUGGUGUCCACCCUUGCCUGUUCAGACCUACCUCCAUCAGGGCAUGGAGGAUGAGCUUGAAGAAGACGAUGAUCGUGUUCCCACACCUCCUGUGCGAGGAGUAGCUUCAUCACCUGCGAUCUCCUUUGGGCAACAAUCAACUGCAACACUCACGCCUUCUCCACGAGAGGAAAUGCAGCCAAUGCUUCAAGCCCACCUUGAUGAAUUAACCAGGGCCUACCAAUUUGAUAUAGCAAAGCAGACAUGGCACAUCCAAAGCAAUACACAACCUCCUCAGGCACCAGUUCCACCCCUCGGAUAUGUAUCUGGAAACCUUAUUUCAGACUUGGAAACAGAUGUUCCAGACGAUGAUGAGGAUGAUAUCGAAGAAGAAACUCUAGAAAUCAAUAGGCCACUGAGAGGUCUAGAGCAUACUCCAGGCUCCAGUAUGGACAAUUUAGACAGCUCUGUGACAGGUUCAAUGGUAAAUGGAUGGGGUUCUGCGUCUGAUGAGGACCGUAACUUUUCUAGUCAUAGAUCUAGUGUAGGUAGCUCCUCAGAUGACUCGAUCUUUACCAGCGGCAGUUUUGCACAAGCACUGGUUGCAGCAGCAGAUAAAGCUGGUUUUAGGCUGGAUGGAACCAGCCUGACAAGAACAGGCAAAGCAUAUCCUUCCUCUCAGAGACCUCGGCCAAGCAGUCCUUUUUCUACUGACAGCAACACCAGUGCAGCUGUCACUCAGAGUCAGAGGCCGAGGCCCACUAAAAAACACAAGGGAGGCCGUUUGGACCAACCCCCCUUGCCUCAUCGUAGGGAGGGAAUAACAGACGAUCUUCCACCACCACCUGACCCACCACCUGGUCAGGGUUUAAGGCAGCAAAUAGGCCCGGGCCAGCGUGGAGGCUCGGCAGAGAGGAAAGGAAGCUCUCUUGAGAGGCAGCAUGCACCCAGCGUAGAUGACACAAAGAGCUCCCUGGACCGGCAAGCUAGGACAUCACUAGAGUGGCAGCGGCAAACCCAGGAGUGGAUAAGCUCUGCAGAACGCCAAGAGGAUUUCAGGAAAGCCCAACACAAGCAAGCAUUUGGAUCAGAAGAGGCGUUGGUACCAUAUAGUAAACCCAACUUUCCAUCCCCUGGCGGCCACAGCUCUUCAGGAACAGCUUCUUCUAAAGGAUCCACCGGACCUAGAAAAGGUGAAGUCUUGCGAGGAGGUCACCAACGCAAUGCCAGUGACCUUCUCGAUAUAGGCUAUGUGGGAUCAAACAGUCAAGGACAGUUUACUGGUGAAUUAUAGUAGUUGAGAAGACACAUUGCAAGCUGCUCUGAUGGGCCAUCAGGGCUGAACUCAUGGAAGUGAUGACACUAAACAGUGCAAUGAACAUUUUCUUUAUUUAUGUACUAUUAAAAGAACUGUAAAUGCAAUGUAAAGACACACAGCCACAUAUCCCACAGAUACUUGUGUUCUUCUCUUUAUACACCAUCCACCUUAAAAUAUUCCUUGUCAGGAGUAUACAAAAAGAAAAAAAAAAAAAAUCACCCUCCAGGAUGAAAAGAAUUUCCUUCUGUAUAUAAUUUCUUUUGUUGCAUUGCUAUGCAAGUUCACCUUCUUUUUAGCUAUGUUCAUAUUCAUGUCUGUUUUUAUUGGUCUGUUGUACUAUAUGUGAAUUAAUAGGCUGUGGUGCCAUAUAUUAACUUUUAAUUGUGUAACUUUUAUGUUUAAAGUUUGCACUGCAAUUUUAUUUGGUGAUAAGCACAAAACUCUACUCCUCAUGACAUGAAGAAAAAAAGAGACUGAAUGUGUGAAGAGGGUUUACGUACUGUAAGCUACUUUGGAUAAUGCUGGAUGUAAAGGAGUAUGUUAGGUGGUUUUCCAUUGGGGUGUAGAAAUGAGAAAGUGACAGGCAAAAAUGAUGUCAGUAAAGACAUUAGAGACAGAUUUAAAUCUUUUAAAAGCAGACAACAUAGUUGCUCUUCCUAUUUAAGAAGGGGUCAGAAGUUGGAAGUUUGAGUUUAAAGAGUGAGUAUGAAAAUUAACAGUAGCAUGAGAUGGCCUAGACCCUUUCACUAGAACGAUUCCCUUAGUAUCUGUUUUUAGCCAUCCAAUGCCAUUAAGUAAAGGUAAAGAAAAGCAAACCUUGCUACAAACAAAAGAAAUUAAGGUGUUUCACUAAAGCUGUUUUAUAUUGCAGUUUUGAAAGAAUUAUUAAUUUCUGCAACCCAAAAUGUAAGUCAGAAAUUUCCCAGAAGAAACAAACAGUAUAAACUCAAGGAAUACCUAGUGAGUAGUUAAGGAUGCAAUCUAUUAUUAAAACUUAUUCAGGCUGCUUCUGAAAAAAACUAAAUGUCAGAGUAUUUUAUUUCAUCUUUCCAAUACAUGUACAGUACAAUAGUAAAUAGAGCUGCACCACUGAAAUUCAUGACAUUAAUUGUUUUGAUGCAGUCUAGACAAACCUUUGUGUUUUGUUACCUGAAGUCUGUGAGAGCUGAAGCUGAUUUCACUAAAUUUUUAGUGUUUAGAAGGACGUAACAGUCAAAUUAUUGUUUUAGGAAUAUUUUCUGUGAUGCAAUACAUUCAAAAAGUUGGAUACAAGCAAAGAAAAUCCUUGAACUGUUUUUUUUUAGUGAGUGGCUUCACACCCUACUAUAAUGAGGAAAUAAUGCAUGUUUAUACUCUUUUUGAAUAAACCAAAGUCUGUAAGUGGACAUUAAUGACAACAUUCUGUCUCUUCAUUAGUUUUCAUUACUAUGUUCAAAUCUUCUGUACCUCUCAAAUCUCAAUGACUGAAUUGUCAAACUUUUCUUAGAAUGUUGUAUAUAGGUAUCACCCUCAUUUGCUUAACUUAAAUUUUGCAUCCUAUAGCUUAUUUCUGUUAGUCUAUUUCUGACCAUGAACAUUUUUCCAUUUGAAUACCCUUUUCAUAUAAUCAGUCUAUGUUGUUUUAUAUAUUGCCUUGGAGCUCACCAGUAUUAAGGACACUUUUAGUAAUGGCAGAAUUUUAGAAGAGUAAAUUUCAAUGCUAAAUAUGUGUUGCUUUUCAUGUCAUUAACUCAUUCCAUGAUAAGAUAAAACACGACAGCCAUCAGCUACAACUCAGCACUAUCAAAUAUUAAAAAAAUCAUAGUUAACUUCCUUAAGGUCAAGACUGUUAUUCAGCAGGUUACGAAAAGAGUUGAGAGAAAUGAAUGCAUUUAUCUAUAUAACUGACCAAUGAGUAUAUGUAAUUUACCUGCUUGUUUAAUCACUAUAGUUAAAACCAUUAUUUAAAAAUGUGCAAAAUUGUUCAAGCAAGACAAAGAAGGCAUCAUACAUACACAUGUAUGUUUUCUUUACUUUGUUAUUAUCAUAUGAAGAGAAGAUUAUUCAGGGUGCAAUUCAAAUUGAAUUCUCUGAAAAAAAGUGUUUAACUAGUCACCAAGGGAAUAGUUCUCUUAAUUUGAAAGCUUGUGCUGAGCUUUGGUGGAACACCUUACUCACUAUAUCCUAUUUAAAAUUCAGUAUCAUUAGAAGUCGAUGAAGCCAUUCCAAUUACUUUCAAAUAUGUGUUUUAUCUCUUCUACUGGAAAGUAAAUGUGUGUCAGUAUUAAAGCUGUGCAGUACCAUGAUAUUCACUAACUUGUCCAUCUGCUUCUGUACAUUUUUGUUCAUUAAUAAUUUGCUUACAAUAUUACAUAAAGUGUUGUUGUGUAUCGCAAAGUGUCUCCAUUAUCUUACAGGUGAUGUCUCUUCUUUUUUUCCUCUCUUUUCUAUACAGUGUACUUCCAAUGAACCACAGUACAUAUUUUUUAAAAUGCCAUUUAAUUUACUAUUUUAAAAGAAGAAUUCUUCUUUUUUUAAAAAAAAAUGGAAAACAUUUAUUGUGAAUAAUGUGUUUAAAGAAAAGGGAUGUUGUGGCAGCACUUAGAAUUGUUUUUUAAUUUGUUUUUUUAAAAAAUAUUUAUUGGCUACAGUUUGUUCACGAAAAAGUAUGACCUCUUAAUGUGUUUCAUUGGUAUUGUUAGUGCAGCAAAGUUUAAUUGGCAUAAAAAGUUGGUUAAUAGUCCUGUUGAAGUGUGUAUUGUAUAUUUACUGGGGAAAAAAAAUAAAACAUACUCACAUUUCAAAUCUAUGUUAAAAUAUCUUGAGUAAGGAGUCAAUAUGUGAAAAUCCAAACUGGUAACAAUCAGGCAAUAAUAACAUAGACUGAACUAUAAUCAUCACUGUCCACUUACAGGUAACAAGGAUCAUUUUAUACCCUGCUUUUUGAACUGUGUUAAUAGCUGUCUUAUAAAUAGCUCAAUGGGAAACAUCAUCUGCCAUAGGGAUUUCUCAUGAAGCUCCUCUCCACGUUGGGAAUAGUUGUACCAAUGUAAUUACACUGAUACAGCUAUUCUAGUGAUACAGCCUCCAUUUGCAUACAUACUAUGUCAGUGUACAGUAAGGGCUGCAAACAUAUGGUGUACCUUGCUUAAAGCCCAUAAUCUAGUAUAUGUAUACAUGUGUUCAGUAGUUGAGCACCCCCUGACCCUGGGGGGUUUUGUACUGGUGGAGCUACUGCCAACCCAGAAUAGGGUAUCCCCAGGAUGUGCAUAGAUGCUACAUCAAAUUUUCUCAAUCUUUGAUUGACCAUAUGCUCAAUUUUAAACGUGGGAGGGCUGAAGAAUCGAUUAAUAAAUUAUUCCAUGUACUUCAGUGGUGUAUUGCUGCCAUACCAGUGAUGCAAACAGACAUUUAUUUUUUGUUAUUUAAUGUUUCUCAAGUCCUUAUUCAGGUCAGUUAACCUUUCGAUUAAAUUUUUGCUCUCACCUGAAAUACCACUGAAACAGUGUUCCCUGGAGAAGGAAAAAAAAAAAAAAAAAAAAAAAAAAAAAAGCAUGGAAUAUUUUAAGUAUAUUGAUUUAACAAUAAGCCAAUGUAAAAGGAAGACAUGACUGUUUAAAUAAUACUAUGCUGGCUUAUGCAUUGCCAGUCAGGAAAAAAGAUGUGUUCUAAGGUUGGGAAAGAGUCCUCACAGUUGACAGAGGAAAGAUGCUCAGGUUGGGGGAGAUUCUGGUAGGAACUUUUUAAAAUACAGGCAACUCUUUUUCUACAAUUUAUGCACUUUUUUUUAAUUAUUAUUAGCUUGUUUUUAUGACUGAUGAUCUUUAGGAAAUUUAGCGGGGGGAGAUAGAAAGAAAAAAAUGUUGGCUAGCAAGCAGUUUUUGACCAUCAAGGCUCUGCACGCAUUGCACAGAAGAGUGGCAUCCAACCACUUUGCUCUUUCUACUUUGUGUCCCAACUUUUGUUAGAUGAGCCUCUCACUCUGCCAACUGCUUCCAAACCGAAAAUAAUAGCUAUGGCUUAAAGAUACCUGGUGGUACCCAGAGAUGUAGGGCUGUGCCUGUGUGCUAUGAAUGUGGACAGUUACUGGGUGUGUGGGGAGAGCUACCUCUGAGCUCUGGCACUGGUGUGAGAACUAUCUUACUCUCUGCCUCUAUUUGACUGUGCAGCUACAUCCAGGAAAACCUCAGCUCUAGUUGUCUAUAGCAUGCCACAGUAUAGCAGUGUCUUUUCUAGUUUGUGACUCCUCAUUCAGUCUAUUACAGACCACCCUCAAUUCAAUGCCUGCCUCUCACCACAUGAUCCAAGGACUGAAAUUGCAUAUGCUGACAUUUAGGCCACUGAGGUUGUUGUUGCAAUCUAUGCAGCAGAAUGAAAAACAACAACAACAAACCUUGUCAUUUCAACAUGAACCUUUUAAAACAAUCCUCAAAAAAAUUGUAGAAAACAAAGCAUUUGAGAUGUACGUGUUUGGUUUUGCUUUGAUUCUAUUUCAUUUUCUUGGGUAUCUUUUCUUAGCUACCAUCAGACUUUCUUUUGCACAAGCUGCUAAACUCUCCCUCCCCCAUUCUCUAGCAUUGAAUAAGUUAUGACAUUAGAGAAUGCUUACAUUUGUGUAAUUUCUGUGUUACAACUAUCAACAGCAAGGUCCACAGUUGCAUUCACUUCAAUUGGUCAAAGUCAGAUGGGGAAUUAAAUGUUUGGGAUUUUUUUUCUAAAAAGGCCUGCAGCUAUUUGUGCCGGUAUUUGCUCCCCAUUUGUGCUGAUCACUGCACCUUUUGCCUUCAAGGAUGCCAUUAGUAAUUCUUGUUUGCGUUCAAAAGCAGGAAUUCAUUGUGCAGCACUUGGAGAGCCACUCGGAUGCAGGUAAAAAAAUAUAACAGCUUGAGCAAGUGCUAAUUAGAGCCAAUUAAACUUAAUUGACCUCCUUUGGCAGAAAAAUGUAGAAUAGAACUUGCUCUGUCCUUGCAAAAUGGAGAUCUUGCUCUAAGCAUGAGUGUGAGGCUCAGUUUCAUGUAUCAGGCUGUAGCAAUUACAUGAGUAUAACAACCAGGAGGAGGCUCGCUCCUUUUUUUUUCUAAUAACUUAGAUCUGCUCUAUCAAGGUACUGCAAUAAAAGUAAGAUUUCUGGUUCACUCUAUUUAAAAGCCUAAUUUUUACAGAGCAAAUGAGCAUCCCAAGAUACUAAUGCUAAUCUCUAGGAAUGAAUUGGCAGAAAAGUACAGGAUUUCUUUAGUAGGUAAGUAAUGGCUUGAGCACAAAGAAGCGAUUCAGGUUGGAAACAGCUCUGCUGAGAGGCUGUAUCUGUGCUAAGCAGUAGGUGUAUGCCACAGUGUGCCUGGAUCAGUGCCUUGUGCAUCUGCCUACAGUUCAGCACAGCUCCUGCUAUGCCUUCCCUUGAAGUGUCCUUCUAAGGACUUCUACUGGGAGAAUGCUCACCAGACCCACUCGACGUUGUGGUGCUGUUGGGCUGGGCUAAUGGGGAGCACGUGUGCACCACUGCCAUGGGUGUCAGAGUGUAGCCAGAGGUAUCAAAAGAAACGUGAGAAGAGAGGGACAAUGAAGGGUGGGAAAUGUAAAAUUGUAUGAAUUCAAAGGCAUGGUAAGUGCUAAACAACCGAACUCUAUGAAAGGCCCUUAUCCAGCUUCAGUGGAUGCAUUUUGCUGGUGUCAUUAUUUAUUUAUUUUUCUUAAUCAGGAACUGAAUGCAACUGAUUUUGCUGCUGACUUGGCCUUACUAUUAACAGCAAUAAAGGUGUUAGUCAGGUGGGGACUUCGAUGUGACCAAUAGCAUCACUCUUGCUUCAGGGAAUGUUCUUGUGCUGGCUUGUUAAUGAAUUUCUUUCCUAAUGAGUAUCAUUAAAAACCCUUUGAUUAGC